AUGUCUACCAAACCCUCAUUCGACUCUCUGCCUCUCCGCAAAGACGGUCCUCCCGGCAAUGCGUGGGGUCUUUUCGGAGAAAAUGACCAAUGCGGCAUGCUGAACCUCUUGACUCCGGAUGUAGUGGCAAAAGCGGCUUUCGAAAUCCGCGACGGCGUCCGAGUCUCUACAGACUGGCCUCUGAAUCGAAUGUCACGGCCUUGCUUUGGUCGUGCACCUUUUAAGCAUGAGAUUACUACCAAAACUCCUCGUGCAGUGAAUGAUGAUACUCUGACGUUUAAUACGCAGAGUAGUUCGCAGUGGGAUGGAUUCCGACAUUAUGCGUACCAGAAAGAGAAACUUUGGUUCAAUGGGAAGAACCUUGAUGAGUUAUUAUCAUCGGAUGUCAACGGUAUUCAAGCUUGGGUCGAGCGUGGUGGUAUUGUUGGACGUGGAGUCCUGCUUGACUAUGCGUCUUGGGCAGAUAAGAACAACGUCGCCUUGACUCCCUUUGAAACAAAGUCAAUUACAAUCACGACCCUCAAAGAAGUUGCUGAAAGUCAGGGCACAGCUAUCCAACAGGGUGAUAUUCUCUUCAUUCGGACAGGAUGGGUCAGAGCCUACGACAUACUCUCUGACCAAGAGUGUAAGACUUUGGCAGACUACAAGGCCCCGCCCGCUCAUGGCAUUGAAUCCUCAGAAGAAACCCUUCGAUGGCUCUGGGAUCAAGGUUUUGCUGCGAUUGCUGGUGAUCAGCCUAGUAUGGAAGCGUGGCCUUGUCAGAAUACUGAUUUCUUCCUGCAUGAAUGGCUUCUAGCGGGUUGGGGAAUGCCGAUUGGAGAGUUACUCGUUGGCUAG